AUGCACAGCCAGCGAAGUUCGGAAUACCCCAAGCCCAGGGCGUCCUCUUCGGGAUAUACACUGGUGCAGUUUGAUGAUAACAAUUUCUUCAUACUCGACAAGGAAGAACUCCAGGUUUUAGGGAUAAAACCAGUAUCUGGCCUCCCGAGCUUCAGUCCUGAGAAUCAUUCGAUCGCUAUUGAAAACUCAAAGCUGACAAAUAUUAAAGAUCGUCAGUGUCAAAUUUAUGGCAGCAGAAGAUGCGAAGUAUAUAUCUUCCGGUUGAAUGAGGAGAAGGACAAGAGAUGGCUUUCAAAAACGAAUUUCAAGAACAAACUAGGCAAGAACCUAGAGAACAGAGACCGAACUAUUGAUUUUAUGGAGGAAGCAUCUACUGUGACAUAUGCAGAAUACAUGAAGGACAGAGAAGGAAGCUAUGAUAGCAAUGGGGACACGGAAAUGGCUGAUUAUAGUAACGUUGUAGAAAGUGUAGAGGUGCCGAGUUUUCCUAACACAGGACAUACAUUUCAGAGUUCAAUACCAACUUCUGGUCAGAUUACAUCCGGGAAAGAGAAUACAUCUAGGAAUAGUAGUCCGUCUACAGCGCGCUGUGAUUCGCCAGGAGUAAGCGGAGAAACUCCAGAACCACGAGACGGCGCCACCGUCAUUUACGGCAUUAAUUGUAAGUUUGGAGCGAAUUGUUUCAAAAAACGCGGUCUAGUCUACAAAAACGAUGUAUACGAUUUUGAAGACAUAUAUGAUUGCCCUUCGAAUCUAAUGAUUCCUGGGCAAAAUGGAGGAAUGGCCCCUAAGGUGGACGAUGAGUUCGUUUCGCAACUGAAAAUAUCUCAGAGGAAGAACUUGAAAAUCGUAGGAUGUGCGGCCAAAUGGCAUGGAAGACCGAAUAACAAAAAGAUUGUCAUAGUUGUGCUCGAAAUUCAAAAAACGGAUCCCCUUUGGAAGGAACUCAAACAGAAACGACGUGAAUCAGGAUACAGAUACGAAGGCCCUCUUGUAUGCAAACUCUCUACAUACCGAAAGGUCUUCAAAGAAGGAGAUAUACCAACCCUACAAGAUUGCUUAAAUAUGACACAAUUUGCAGUAGAUGCAACCGAAACGGAACUCUCUCUAGAGCAGAAAAAGCAGAAUGAGCAACCGACAUGGGCCAAACUGUCUGAUCAAUUCGAGAAGAUUCAGGACAUAAUGGAAAAAUUGCUGGAAAACACCCCAAGAAAUAGUCUCACAAAAAACAAGCCGCUUCUGCUCUCAAAGUUAUAG